CGGGGCUUUUAUUUGGUUUCCACUAGUUGCCACAAAGACGCUAUAUCGUAAUAAUUCAUGGAGAAAAAAAAACGAUUAUUUUUGUCUUAAUUGAAGGUAAGGCAUAAUUUUAAAGAAAAUAAAUGGUAGAAAUAGGCAAGGUGUGUGGCUUUGGGAACUAGUGACGACCAUUUCCUUUUGACAGGAACUUCCGCAUGUAGCUACAUCCGCUUCUAGUAAAUUUCCCUUCCAGUCAUUUCUAGUCCGCUUCUAGUAAAUUCUACGGCGAGUGCGCAAGCUCCUUGCAUUUCAAAACGAGUUUUCGAGAAAAACCAGGAGUCCUAAAACCAAGCUCACCGGCGCUCAGCUACUGUAGCUAACCCAUUAACUAGACACCGCUGUCAUCAUGGCGAAAUGGGGAGAAGGGGAUCCACGCUGGAUCGUGGAGGAGAGAGCCGAUGCAACAAACGUCAAUAACUGGCAUUGGACCGAACGAGAUGUGACCGGCUGGUCAACAGACAAGCUGAAGGAGCUUCUAUUGGGGCUGCGCGUGGAGGGCCCAGAGGGGAGCUGCGAGGUCACUGACAUCCCCAAUCUGGACGGUGAGGCAUCCAUCAACAACCGCAAGGGGAAGCUCAUCUACUUCUACGAGUGGAACGUCAAGGCUACGUGGACUGGAACAUCAAAAUCCGGAAUCAAGUACAAAGGGAACAUCGAAGUUCCCAACCUCUCUGAUGAAAAUGACAUGGACGACCUAGAUAUCAGUGUGUCACUUUGCAAAGAUGAACCCAACACAACCCUCACCGAACUCAUGAAGAAGGAGGGAGCGAAGAAAGUGCGCGCUGCCCUGGGGAGCUAUGUGGAUCACCUAAAAUCCGAGUUCACUCAGGGCAUGAUCCUCCCAACGGCGAAUGGAGUGGCGAGCAAGCCACAGCCAACGCAGACAAAGGUCAAAGUGGACAAAACCCAGAUUGGAUCCUCCGUAUCAGCCCCCUCUCCUAGCACAGGGGUCAAGAUCCCCACCUGCAAGUUUAGUCUCAAGGAGACCUUCCUCACCUCACCUGACGAGCUGUACAGAACCUUCAUCAACCAGGACAUGGUCCAGGCGUUCACCCAUGCUGCAGCAGUGGUCGACGGAGACAAAGGAGGGAAGUUUCAGCUGCUAGAGGGAAGCGUCAACGGAGAGUUUCUGGAGCUGGUCCCAGAUGAAAAGAUAGUUAUGAAAUGGAGGUUCAAGACCUGGCCAUGUGAGCACUAUGCAACUAUUACCCUGAACAUGAAGGAUAGAGGCAAUGAGACUGAGCUGAAGGUAGAAUUUAAAGGAGUCCCGACGGUAGAGGAGGAUCGGACAAAGGAGGGUUGGAAGAGACACUACUUUGAAGCCAUCAAACAGACUUUUGGAUUCGGGGCCCGACUCUACUGAAUAAUGUUUAAAAAAAAAAAAAAAAAAAAAAAAAAAACCUGAUUAUUUAAUGUGGAUGAAUACUCUCUUUAGUGCAGUCUCUUGUAGCACCAGCCCUACAUCGUGCGUAGACAAACGGUGCCUUUUCCACUUGGAAGACUGGCAGUCCGUGUAAGGGUCAUUGGUUCAAGGCUUUCGUUGAUGUCUGUGCUUACUUUACUGAGUCUAUAGGCAAAAUGAGAUGUAGAAACAAUUACUCGAUCGACAGUAUAUUUGGAAUUAACUAUUAGCAUUCUCAAUCUCCAAUUCUGCACAUUUGAAGUGUGUCAUGCUGAAAUAAAUUACAUUUUUACUGAA